UACGUCACUUAUGAGAACAGUAGAUACGUGUGAGAACAGGGUCAGUCAUUCCUGUUACAGCAUGGAGCUCUCUGCAUCGUUUCGGCUGUUAUGGACAAUUUCUGUUGUUCUACUGGGCCACACUGAAGCGAGACCCCGUCCAGUUCUCAGAGUUUCUUCACACAGCUGGCCAGCUGAAGGAGACUCAGUGACUCUGAGCUGUGAGGUUAGACACACCUCCUUAAACUGGACGUUCCUCUGGUACAGAGCAGUUCCCUCCAGAAGAGCAUGUCUUUCCAGACAGAACUCAGCUGAUGUUCGCUACAGAGGGAACACUUACUCUGUGAAGCUCCUCUCAGACAGCAGCAGAGGAGCUGGAGGCUCCUACACUCUCAGCCCUGCUGCUCUUCAACACACUGGGCUUUAUGUGUGCAGAGCAGAGGGAGGAGAUCCAGCCUAUCAGACAGAAUUCAGCGAUGUGGAGGCUCUCUGGGUCACAGGUCUAUCUCCUCCAGCCUCUCUGGUCAUCAGACCCAACAGAGCUCAGCUGUUUGAAUCUGAGUCCGUCUCUCUGAGCUGUGAGGUGCAGGACAACUCUACUGGAUGGAGGCUGAGAUGGUCCACAAACAGAGAAGUGGAGUCAGACUGUCCUCGUAAUUGGAGAUCAGAAGCUGGACCCACAUGCAGCAGCAGCAGCACUUCAGUAUGGGAUAGGGGAGUGUACUGGUGUGAGUCUGAAUCUGGGCAACACAGCAAUGCUGUCAACAUUACAUUUAACUCGAGACCCCGUCCAGUUCUCAGAGUUUCUUCACACAGCUGGCCAGCUGAAGGAGACUCAGUGACUCUAAGCUGUGAGGUUAGACACACCUCCUUAGACUGGACGUUCCUCUGGUACAGAGCAGUUCCCUCCAGAACUGUUCCUUAUAGACGGGACUCAGCUGAUGUUCGCUACAGAGGGAACACUUACUCUGUGGAGCUCCUCUCAGACAGCAGCAGAGGAGCUGGAGGCUCCUACACUCUCAGCCCUGCUGCUCUUCAACACACUGGGCUUUAUGUGUGCAGAGCAGAGGGAGGAGAUCCAGCCUAUCAGACAGAAUUCAGUAAUGUGGAGACUCUCUGGGUCACAGGUCUAUCUCCUCCAGCCUCUCUGGUCAUCAGACCCAACAGAGCUCAGCUGUUUGAAUCGGAGUCCGUCUCUCUGAGCUGUGAGGUGCAGGACAACUCUACUGGAUGGAGGCUGAGAUGGUCCACAGACAGAGAAGAGGAGUCAGACUGUCCUCGUGAUUGGAGAUCAGAAGCUGGACCCACAUGCAGCAGCAGCAGCACUUCAGUAUGGGAUAGGGGAGUGUACUGGUGUGAGUCUGAAUCUGGGCAACACAGCAAUGCUGUCAACAUUACAUUUAACUCGAGACCCCGUCCAGUUCUCAGAGUUUCUUCACACAGCUGGCCAGCUGAAGGAGACUCAGUGACUCUGAGCUGUGAAGUUAGACACACCUCCUUAGACUGGACGUUCCUCUGGUACAGAGCAGUUCCCUUCAGAACUGUUCCUUAUAGAUGGAACUCAGCUGAUGUUCGCUACAGAGGGAACACUUACUCUGUGGAGCUCCUCUCAGACAGCAGCAGAGGAGCUGGAGGCUCCUACACUCUCAGCCCUGCUUCUCUUGAACACACUGGGCUUUAUGUUUGUAGAGCAGAGGGAGGAGAUCCAACCUAUCAGACAGAAUUCAGUGAUGUGAAGUCUCUCUGGGUCACAGGUCUAUCUCCUCCAGCCUCUCUGGUCAUCAGACCCAACAGAGCUCAGCUGUUUGAAUCGGAGUCCGUCUCUCUGAGCUGUGAGGUGCAGGACAACUCUACUGGAUGGAGGCUGAGAUGGUCCACAGACAGAGAAGAGGAGUCAGACUGUCCUCGUGAUUGGAGAUCAGAAGCUGGACCCACAUGCAGCAGCAGCAGCACUUCAGUAUGGGAUAGGGGAGUGUACUGGUGUGAGUCUGAAUCUGGGCAACACAGCAAUGCUGUCAACAUUACAUUUAACUCGAGACCCCAUCCAGUUCUCAGAGUUUCUUCACACAGCUGGCCAGCUGAAGGAGACUCAGUGACUCUAAGCUGUGAGGUUAGACACACCUCCUUAAACUGGACGUUCCUCUGGUACAGAGCAGUUCCCUCCAGAACUGUUCCUUAUAGACGGAACUCAGCUGAUGUUCGCUACAGAGGGAACACUUACUCUGUUGAGCUCCUCUCAGACAGCAGCAGAGGAGCUGGAGGCUCCUACACUCUCAGCCCUGCUGCUCUUCAACACACUGGGCUUUAUGUGUGCAGAGCAGAGGUAGGAGAUCCAACCCAUCAGACAGAAUUCAGCGAUGUGGAGGCUCUCUGGGUCACAGGUCUAUCUCCUCCAGCCUCUCUGGUCAUCAGACCCAACAGAGCUCAGCUGUUUGAAUCGGAGUCCGUCUCUCUGAGCUGUGAGGUGCAGGACAACUCUACUGGAUGGAGGCUGAGAUGGUCCACAGACAGAGAAGAGGAGUCAGACUGUCCUCGUGAUUGGAGAUCAGAAGCUGGACCCACAUGCAGCAGCAGCAGCACUUCAGUAUGGGAUAGGGGAGUGUACUGGUGUGAGUCUGAAUCUGGGCAACACAGCAAUGCUGUCAACAUUACAUUUAACUCGAGACCCCAUCCAGUUCUCAGAGUUUCUUCACACAGCUGGCCAGCUGAAGGAGACUCAGUGACUCUGAGCUGUGAGGUUAGACACACCUCCUUAAACUGGACGUUCCUCUGGUACAGAGCAGUUCCCUCCAAAACUGUUCCUCAUAGACGGAACUCAGCUGAUGUUCGCUACAGAGGGAACACUUACUCUGUGAUGCUCCUCUCAGACGGCAGCAGAGGAGCUGGAGGCUCCUACACUCUCAGCCCUGUUGCUCUUCAACACACUGGGCUUUAUGUGUGCAGAGCAGAGGGAGGAGAUCCAACCUAUCAGACAGACUUCAGCGAUGUGAAGUCUCUCUGGGUCACAGGUCUAUCUCCUCCAGCCUCUCUGGUCAUCAGACCCAACAGAGCUCAGCUGUUUGAAUCGGAGUCUGUCUCUCUGAGCUGUGAGGUGCAGGACAACUCUACUGGAUGGAGGCUGAGAUGGUCCACAAACAGAGAAGAGAAGUCAGACUGUCCUCGUGAUUGGAGAUUAGAAGCUGGACCCACAUGCAGCAGCAGCAGCACUUCAGUAUGGGAUAGGGGAGUGUACUGGUGUGAGUCUGAAUCUGGGCAACACAGCAAUGCUGUCAACAUUACAUUUAACUCGAGACCGCGUCCAGUUCUCAGAGUUUGUCCAGACAGCUGGCCAGCUGAAGGAGACUCAGUGACUCUGAGCUGUGAGGUUAGAGACACCUCCUUAAACUGGACGUUCCUCUGGUACAGAGCAGUUCCCUCCAGAACUGUUCCUUAUAGACGCAACUCACCUGAUGUUCACUACAGAGGGAACACUUACUCUGUGUUGCUCCUCUCAGACAGCAGAAGAGGAGCUGGAGGCUCCUACACUCUCAGCCCUGCUGCUCUUCAACACACUGGGCUUUAUGUGUGCAGAGCAGAGGGAGGAGAUCCAACCUAUCAGACAGAAUUCAGCGAUGUGGAGGCUCUCUGGGUCACAGUGAGACCCCAUCCAGUUCUCAGAGUUUCUUCACACAGCUGGCCAGCUGAAGGAGACUCAGUGACUCUGAGCUGUGAGGUUAGACACACCUCCUUAAACUGGACGUUCCUCUGGUACAGAGCAGUUCCCUCCAAAACUGUUCCUCAUAGACGGAACUCAGCUGAUGUUCGCUACAGAGGGAACACUUACUCUGUGAUGCUCCUCUCAGACAGCAGCAGAGGAGCUGGAGGCUCCUACACUCUCAGCCCUGUUGCUCUUCAACACACUGGGCUUUAUGUGUGCAGAGCAGAGGGAGGAGAUCCGACCUAUCAGACAGACUUCAGCGAUGUGAAGUCUCUCUGGGUCACAGGUUUGUCUCCUCCAGCCUCUCUGGUCAUCAGACCCAACAGAGCUCAGCUGUUUGAAUCUGAGUCUCUCUCUCUGAGCUGUGAGGUGCGGGACAACUCUACUGGAUGGAGGCUGAGAUGGUCCACAGACAGAGAAGAGGAGUCAGACUGUCCUCGUGAUUGGAGAUCAGAAGCUGGACCCACAUGCAGCAGCAGCAGCACUUCAGUAUGGGAUAGGGGAGUGUACUGGUGUGAGUCUGAAACUGGACAACACAGCAAUGCUGUGAAGAUAUCAAUAACCUCUGGGUUUGUGAUUCUGGAGAGCCCUACCAACCCUGUGACUGAAGGAGAUCCUUUGACUCUGCGCUGUGUAUCUCAGAGUAGACCCUCAACCACCAGUGCUGAUUUCUAUAAAGACGGCUCUCUCCUUCAGAGCCAAUCAGCGGGAGAGCUGACCAUCCCUGCAGUCUCAAAGGCACACGCGGGCUCGUAUCAGUGCAGACACCCAGAGCUGGGAGAGUCACCAGAGAGCUGGGUCACAGUCACUGGCAGAGAGAGCCCCCAAGUCAUAGUCAUUGAUGGAAUUCCCGUUUAUCUGCUCACACUGGUUGGCUCUCUACUGAUCGUCUCUCUCGGUCUGCUGGGUAUCGUCACACUUGUGGUGAUAUGCCAUAGAUCUAAAAGUACGGCGUUAAAUGUUAAGGCCAGAAACAUGAGACACUCGACACCUUCUGUCAUUCCAGAAAGCCUCGUGCUAUUAAACUAGCCUCCAGUCAGCAGUGAACAAUGCAAAGUUCCUAGGUAAUGGACUUAAUACUGCAAUGCACAGUACAGGAGGUUGGUGCUAGUAUUGGGCUCUUGCCCAUUCACAAAGGAAGCCUAGGAUUUUUACCAUUGUGCAACUAUAAUAGCUGUAUGGUCAGAGAUUUGGUUGUUUUCUUCCUUUUCUCUAUGAACAUAGCCAGAACUAGAAAUUCAUAAUUUCAUCUAACAUAAGGAUUUAUUGGUCUGCACAACUUCUCUUGCUGCAUUCUAGAAACCUCGGAAGUCAGAUAUUUCCCAGUUGGAAUCUCCCAAUUUCAUUCCAGACAAACUCGGAGGUCAAGAAUUUUGACUACUAGGAAAAAGUAUAAUAGAGUGCCAAUUGUGGUCAGAGUUCCCGCUUCUAAACACAGGGCAAGUCGAACUACCCCGACUUCAAAAUCAGAACAGAAGUCCGACCGGCAUCUGAGUUGUCUGGAAUACAGCAUAAAGUCUACCAACAUUAUGCAAAAUCUGUCUAUCUAAUGACAUGAGCAGGGACCUUAGCUCAAACACCAGUGGAUCCGCUCAGUGCCCCCACACCACAUGAUCACUUUAGUUCAUGCAUGAGACAUUUACUCAUUGACUAACUUUGCACUUGCCCAAGUAGGGCCUGAUAAAUAAAAUAAAUAUUGUUAGUCUGUCAUGCACCAUUGUAACCUGAUCUUUGUUUUAUUGACUGAAAUAUAAAGAAGCCUGAUUAGCUGAGUUCUAUGCUGCAUAUUAUUUUAAACAUAGAGGUAUGCUCAGCACUAUAUAAUAAUACUCUCUUUUUAUAAUAAAUAAAAUAUUAACACCA